AUGGCCAUACCGGGUAGUCAGGCACCCCGGAAUAGCCUGACAGAGGACAUCAAAGAGUACUUAACAUUAAAGGGAGUUGAAUGGGAAGAAAGUGCUGAUUUGAAGGAAGUGGCAUCGAAAUGUGAUGUGGUGUAUCAGACUCGCAUCCAGAAGGAACAUUUUGGAGAGAGAAACGAUCUUUAUGAGGAAGCUCGUGGGAAAUACAUUAUUAGUAGAGAUGUAUUAGGUGUCAUGCAGAAACAUGCCAUUGUCAUGCAUCCUCUCCCUAGGCUUGAUGAGAUAACAGUGGAUGUAGAUGGGGACCCAAGGGCUGCUUAUUUUAGACAAGCUAAAAAUGGACUCUACAUUAGAAUGGCUUUGCUCAAGCUCUUACUUGUCGGUUGUUUGGGUUGUUUGAUGAGACUUGAGUGUUUGUUGACUGCAGAUUCUGAUUCUAGCAGUGCUUCUGAAAAGGAGAAAAAGAGACCUGGAGAAGCCAAGGCAGUUGAAGAUGCUCGGAGGCGAGUGGAGGCGGAAGUUGCUGCAGAAGCAAAACGGAAAAGAGACCUGGAAAGGUGUUCAACUAAUAGUUCAAGUUCGGCUGAAAAAACCCUAGUUAUGGACUCAUUACCAGAUUCUAUAUUAAAUGACUUGAGAAAAGUUGAGGAGAUAUUAAGAAAAAUAGAUGAGAAUCAAACUCAAAGUGGUUACAGUUUAGAACAUGUUUUAAACAGCUCUGAUAACAUAAACAUGAGAAGUGAAAUGAUGAAAUUUGUUAGAAAUAUUAGUUUACAAUGUUUAAAUGUAUUUCCACAUGACCAUAUUUUAAAAGAGGCUACACUUGUUGAUGAAGAGAUUUCAAACACAAAAAUGAACUCCUCUAGUGUUGCUAUUACUCCAUGUAGGACAUUGGCAAAAAGCCUCUUGAAAAGCAAUCAUCAGGAUGUACAUUUAUGUGGUGUUUAUGCAAGAAGAGAAGUUGCAUUUAGGAAUAUAGAAUAUGCAAGAAAAGUAUUUGACAUGGCAUUAUUAUCCAUUGAAGGGCUUCCAUGGGAUCCCAAAUCAAACGCCUCACUUUUAUUCUUUUGGUAUGCUGAACUUGAACUUGAACUUUCAAACAACAAUUCUUCUAGAAGCUCAGAAUCAUCAUUAUCACGAACAUUACACAUUGUUGCUUGGGAUGUCGGGAAACAAUCAGUGAGUGUUUGUCUAUUUGCAAUAUCAUAUGAGAUUAGAAAAGGAAGCUCUCAUCAUAGAGUACAUAGAAUAUUUGAAAGGGAAUCGGGUGACAACAUGUUGAAAAGCUGUGAACUGAACUCGGAGUUGGUUAUACCUGGAGGUUUCCUCGAAUGGAAAGAGACCAUGGAUUCUUGUGGUUCCAAAAUGAUAUCUGCUAUAGAGGGUCCACAUCUUGUUGCUCCAACAGGGAGUGACCUUGAAUGCCAUGGGAAAGAGGAUAUGGAGCACUGGAAGUUGUGUCACCUAUCCCCUCCUAAUUCGUUCCCAUCUCCUUGCUUAGCCUAA